AUGACUUUAUCAUUUUCUUCUUUUGGAAAAAUUCUUGAAAAAACUAAGCCAAUAGCUGUUGAUGAAGUAAUAAAUCUUAAUGGACAUAUAUUGCCUUCAAUAAAGAAAGAUAAAAAGUAUAUAAAUCGAAAUGAUUAAGCAAACUCUAAAUGUUUUCCUUACUAAAAAGAUUUGAAGAAAAGCAAUAAACUGAAUCGUUUCCAUUUAAUAGUGUUUCUAGAAAAGCUAAACCAACAUUAUGUUGUUUAAUGCCAGAAAAGUCUUAUGAAGCAAAAUAUUCACCAAAAUUUGAUGUAGUAUAGUAUAAAUCUCCUGCUUUUGAUUUUGGAUCAAAAAGUUAUUUCAAAACAAGAUCAAUCUCAAUUUGUAGUUAAGAUUACUAUAUUGAUUAAUAUACAUCUUUUAGAACAAUAUCAAAAUCAACAAAAGGUUAAACAGAGAAGAAAAGUUCAAUUUCAUAAACAAAAGAUGAAUGUCCAAAAUUAUAACAUAUCCAAACAAUAUAAUUGAAUUAGAAUAAGAGAAGUAAGACUCAUAACUAUUCUCCUGAUUUUAAUAAAUAUACUGAACGUAAAUAAACAUAGAGAGAAUUUUUGCAAUAAUAUGAUUUACUAGGAGUAAAUUAUGCAAGAAUAGUAAAAUUUAUUUAACAUAAUAAAAGAAUAAAAGAGUUGAUGUAGGAUAUGUUGAAUUUAGUAAAUUUACCAAUAAAGUUGUUAUGAAAUAAGAUAGAGCCGAAACACCUCCAUCAGUUCGUUUAGAAUAUGAAGUUGAUAGACCAAAAUAAUUAAGGAAUAUAUAUUUAGGCAAUACAAAACCAAUUUAAAAUAAGGUAAAGCCAAAAGUACUAUCAUAAAUUAAAAAAUGUGGAUAAAGAAUUGUAAAAAAAAAUAAGAUUUUAAGUUUUGAUUGA